UAUUUCAUUAAUGGCGGGCCACUACGAAGUGAAAAAGUUUAUAUCGGUUGACAUAUCGCGCUGUGUGGCUGAUGAUCUGAGUAAAUUAUCCUACCUGAAACAAUACAUUGAUGGUAGUUUUCGAAGAUAAUUUGAGCCACUUCCCAUAACAGGCUGCCAUCAUUGGACUUGGAAAAAAUGUUUUCAUUCGAAUUUGUCUCCUGUAAACUUGUCAAUAGGACCCCUUGUGACUGAAAUACUUCAAACCACAGAAAGGAAGAUGAGUGGGAGACAGUUUCUUGAGACACUCAAACAACUGGACUACCCAAAUGCCGAUAGCCUGGACCCACAGAUGUUCAACUGGAUGUUUGAGAAUGAGACUGUGUCAGCUUUUCUGCAGUGGUUCUGUGCCAGCGUCAGCAGCAGUAACGUGUUGCUUCCUGUGGAGCUCCAGCAAUUUGCAGAGCUAGAGAGGUCUAAUGAGGGUGUUCUUGAAGGAAAUGUGCUAGAAGAUGCCUUGAAAACCUUUUCCACCUCUACAAAGAACAAGGAGACAGUGGAAUCCUUGAGGGAGAGAGUAUCCAUAUUACAUGAAGACUUGGAUGAAGACAAGAGGAAGAAGCAGCAGUUGGUUCACAGAAGAGAUAGACUGAAUGCUCAUCUGACAGGGCUGGGGCAUCGGCUGUCUCAGUUGACUGUGCUGGAGUCUCAGGCCAAACGAGACUGUCAGAAGGCAAUGGAGCAGCUGGACACAGACAAUAAUGAGGUGAACGAGAGCCUGGACGGCCUUGUGAGGAGUGUGAUGAAGAUACACUCACUGUACGAUCUGCCCGUGGAGUCCAGACAGGAGGCCUCCCACCCUGCAACAUUCCUCUCCCACGUCAAGCUGGGUGACUACCAUGACAUGGAGGACAAGUUCAGCCAUGAGUUGAAACUGUUCACCAAGAAAAGAUUCUUUGAUGGUGUUGCGGAGAUGGCUGGUCAGAACGAGGGGACAAAGUAUGAGCUGCUGGAGGUGUCCAACCCAGAGUGUCUGAUGGUGCGGGGAGAGAAGCAGGACAUCAUCGUGCAAGACUCCCAGGAGCUGGCCAGGCUGAAGGCUGUGUAUCCAAUCAGUCAGAGUCAGCUGAUAGAGGCGUCGGCAAGUGAGAAACAGAUGUCUGCAACUGUCAGUCACACCCAAAAGAUCAUCCAACGGUUACAGUCGGGGGAGUUUCCCGUGGAUCUGAAUAAACUUCGGGACUCCCUUCAGGAAAGCCAUAUGUCUCUGAAUGCAGUGAGAAGAGACCUGACCCAAUUGCAGCAGACAGACAUCCCUGCCCUGAUCAGCAGGUCGGCCGACCUCCAGGGCACCAAUAUCAUCACGGGCGACUACAAACUGAAACUUGCCAGACAGGGCUACUUCACAUCCAACCAGGACCAGUUGAUUGAUCAGCUGGUGGUGCAGCGAGCCCGCAAUGAGUUCCUGACAAUGGCCUAUGAGAUAGAAUCCAGGAAUCACCGUGACAUUCACCGCCUGCUGACAGCGGUCAGAAGGACACUCGAGCAGAACCUGACUGACUGGAGGGAGAGACAGAAAGCCAUGGAGGAUCCGUGUAUUACCCCGGCCAGGCAUCAGCGCGGUACCAUAGACUCCCGUGACAAGGCCACCACCAGACUGCACCAGAUGCUGACAGGUUGUGAAUCUGGAGAACAACAGCUGUUCCUCACCAAAGCUGGGAUGGUGGAUGGUGCCCAGCAGCUGCAGCACAAGCAUACAGCAGCUGAUUCAGCUCUCGCAGCAGCCAUAGACAAACAUCAACACAAGACCCGUCUGCUGGAAGGGGAGAUGCGAGUCUGUGUGGACCAGCUGUACCAUGGAUCCAGCACAACCAGUGGAGAGCCAACAGUGACUCCACCAUUGCUGCAGGAGACACUGACCAAUCUAGACACAAUGCUGGUCAAGCUGGAGGCAUCCAUUAUUGAUGUCAUCAAGGAUCAUGAUACCAAGAAGAAGCUGUUGAAAAGCAAUCUACUCCAAGCCAAAGAGAGGGACCUAUUCACAUACUUCUUCAGCAGACCUGGCCAACUGAGGGAGACAUUUGAGAGCAUCAAAGAGCGGCUGCAGGCACAGACCGUUCACUGACAGUCAUACCAGCAGCCCCCUGGCAAACACCAACUGUUCACCGACACUCAUACCAGCUAACACCGACACUCAUACCAGCAAACACUGACUGUUCACCGACGCUCAUACCAGCAGCCCCCUGGCAAACACUGACUGUUCACCGACACUCAUACCAGUAAACACCGACACUCAUAAUAGCAAACACUGACUGUUCACCGACACUCAUACCAGCAAACACCGACACUCAUACCAGCAAACACUGACUGUUCACCGACACUCAUACCAGCAGCCCCCUGGCAAACACCGACUGUUCACCUACAUUCAUACCAGCAAACACCAACUGUUCACUGACACUCAUACCAGCAGCCCCCUGGCAAACACCGACUGUUCACCUACAUUCAUACCAGCAAACACUGACUGUUCACCGACACUCAUACCAGCAGCCCCCUGGCAAACACCGACUGUUCACCUACAUUCAUACCAGCAAACACUGACUGUUCACCGACACUCAUACCAGCAGCCCCCUGGCAAACACCGACUGUUCACCUACAUUCAUACCAGCAAACACCAACUGUUUACCGACACUCAUACCAGCAAACACUGACUGUUCUCCGACACUCAUACCAGCAAACACCGACUGUUCACCGACACUCAUACCAGCAAACACUGACUGUUCACUGACACUCAUACCAGCAAACACAGACUGUUCACUGACACUCAUACCAGCAAACACUGACUGUUCACUGACACUCAUACCAGCAAACACUGACUGUUCACCGACACUCAUACCAGCAACACUGACUUUUCACCGACACUCAUACCAGCCAACACCGACUGUUCACCGACACUCAUACCAGCAGCCCCCUGGCAAACACCGACUGUUCACCUACACUCAUACCAGCAAACACCGACUGUUCACUGACACUCAUACCAGCAAACACUGACUGUUCACCGACACUCAUACCAGCAAACACUGACUGUUCACCGACACUCAUACCAGCAAACACUGACUGUUCACCGACACUCAUACCAGCAACACUGACUUUUCACCGACACUCAUACCAGCCAACACCGACUGUUCACCGACACUCAUACCAGCAGCCCCCUGGCAAACACCGACUGUUCACCGACACUCAUACCAGCAAACACUGACUGUUCACCGACACUCAUACCAGCAAACACUGACUGUUCACCGACACUCAUACCAGCAAACACUGACUGUUCACCGACACUCAUAACAGCAGCCCCCUGGCAAACACCAACUGUUUACUGACACCACUCAUACCAGGAAUAAUGAUCAAGAAAAUUUGCCCUUUGAAGAUGUAUAUGUAUUUAUUAAAGUUGCACAUACUAUC